AAACGUCCAGCCUCUCCGUGUGCCCUGGACUCUUCCUCCCUUUUCUUCCUGCUUCUCCCUGCCCUACCUGGAGGCCCCAGGCGUGCCAAACCCAGCUGAUGUGGCUGCUCUGGCGCCCCAUCGUCGGCCUUCUCCUGGCAGAAGACAAGGAGCGGAGAGCCGGGGCCUGGGUUUGAGCCCUGGGCAGGUCAGUCAAGCUGUGGUCCAGCAAGCUUCUCUGCAGAUGGCUGGAGUGUUGACCCCAGGCUUGUGGCCCAGAAAAAAGGAUUUGAGUUUUAAGCCUUAAAAAAAAAAAAAAGACACACACUCUCCUUGCCUAUUUGACUUUGAGAAUAAUUUAAGUCAGAGAAUCUGCUCUAUGCUAACCAAGAGAUAGAGCACAGCAGAGAUCUUCCAGCCCCAGUCCUCUACCUAGUGGCCUGGAAAUUCAGUUCUUUUUGGUGGAGGCCAUUUAUUUCUGGCUAGAAGCUGCCCAAACCUCCUACUCCUCAAUUCAAAGGAAACCACAGAGCCUACCAUGGCCAAGAAAGUUGCAGUGAUUGGAGCUGGUGUGAGUGGCCUCUCCUCCAUCAAAUGCUGUUUGGAUGAGGACCUGGAGCCCACCUGCUUUGAGAGAAGUAAUGACAUCGGGGGACUAUGGAAGUUUACUGAGUCUUCCAAAGAUGGGAUGACCAGGGUUUACAAGUCAUUAGUGACAAAUGUCUGCAAGGAAAUGUCAUGUUACAGUGACUUCCCUUUCCGAGAAGAUUAUCCCAAUUUCAUGAACCAUGAAAAAUUUUGGGGCUAUCUCCACGAAUUUGCUGAGCACUUUGACCUUCUGAAAUACAUUCAGUUUAAGACCACUGUGUGCAGCAUAACAAAGCGUCCAGACUUCUUCACAACUGGUCAGUGGGAUGUUGUCACAGAGACAGAGGGCAAGCAGAAUAGAGCUGUCUUUGACGCUGUCAUGGUUUGCACUGGACAUUUCCUGAAUCCUCAUUUACCUUUGGAAGCCUUUCCUGGAAUUCAUAAGUUUAAAGGUCAGAUCCUGCAUAGUCAAGAAUACAAGAUCCCAGAAGUCUUUCAGGGCAAGCGUGUCUUGGUGAUCGGUCUUGGGAACACUGGAGGAGAUGUUGCUGUGGAACUCAGUCGAACAGCAGCUCAGGUACUUCUCAGUACUAGAACUGGUACCUGGGUUUUGGGGCGCUCUUCAGCUUGGGGCUAUCCUUAUAAUAUGAUGAUUACAAGAAGAUGCUAUAGUUUUAUUGCACAAGUUCUGCCUUCACGUUUUCUAAACUGGAUUCAAGAGAGAAAGUUGAACAAGAGAUUUAAUCAUGAGGAUUAUGGAUUAAGUAUUACAAAAGGGAAACAAGCAAAAUUCAUUGUGAAUGAUGAGCUGCCAAGCUGUAUCCUCUGUGGGUCAAUCACUAUAAAAACCAGCGUGACAGAAUUUACAGAAACCUCUGCUGUCUUUGAAGAUGGGACAGUGGAAGAAAACAUUGAUGUGGUGAUCUUCACUACAGGAUAUACAUUUUCUUUUCCCUUUUUUGAAGAACCUCUUAAAAGCCUAUGUACAAAGAAGAUAUUUCUAUACAAGAACGUCUUUCCCUUAAACCUGGAGAGAACAACAUUAGCCAUCAUAGGCCUUUUAAGCCUUAAAGGAUCCAUCUUAUCAGGCACAGAGCUCCAAGCACGAUGGGCCACAAGAGUAUUCAAAGGACUCUGUAAGAUACCUCCAUCCCAAAAACUGAUGAUGGAGGCUACUAAAACGGAACAGCUCAUUAAAAGAGAUGUGAUUAAAGACAGCAACAAAGACAAACUGGACUACAUUGCCUACAUGGAUGGUAUCGCUGCUUGCAUAGGCGCAAAGCCCAGCAUCCCACUUCUGUUCCUCAAGGAUCCCAGACUAGCUUGGGAGGUUUUCUUUGGACCAUGUACUCCUUACCAGUACCGCCUCAUGGGCCCUGGAAAAUGGGAUGGAGCCAGAAAUGCCAUCCUGACCCAGUGGGACAGAACACUGAAACCUUUAAAAACUCGAAUCGUGCCUGAUUCCUCCAAGCCUGCUUCCAUGUCACAUUAUUUAAAAACCUGGGGAGCACCUGUCCUACUUGCGUCUCUUCUACUUAUCUGUAAAUCUUCAGUUUUCUUGAAACUGGUGAGAGAUAGACUACAGGACAGAAUGUCCCCUUACCUAGUAAGUCUUUGGUGAGGAUGAACCUGAUUGGUUCUGAGGGCUGCACCAAGUUCUGCUAAUUCUAUCUCCAAAUAUCUUGUGCAUUCCUCUUAAGCUCUCCAUCACAACUGCUGUAAGCCAAAUUCAGGUCUAGCCAUCUCUUUUCUGAAUUAUUGCAUUGUCUUCUUUAUUUCAGCACCUUCUUUCUUGCCACCAUUUCCAAUGCAUUUUUUAACCUGCUACCUCAGUGAUUAUUCUAAAAUAAUUAUAUGUGAUCUUUAAUUGUAGCUCCCAUAAUUCCCACGUCAUGGGAGGUAAUUGAAUCAUAGGAGCAGGUCUUCCCCCAUACUGUUCUCAUGGUAGUGAAUAAAUCUCAUGAGAUCUGAUGGUUUUAUAAAUGAGAGUUCCCCUGCACAAGCUCUCUCAUGUCUGCCACCAUGUAAGAUGUGUCUUUGUUCCUUCUUCGCCUUCCACCAUGAUUGUGAGGCCUCCCCAGUCAUGUGGAAUUGUGUGUCUGUUAAACCUCCUUUAUAAAUUACCCAGUCUCAAGUAUGUCUAGCAGCAUGAGAAUAAACUAAUACAAUAUGGUUUAU